AUGAAACGAGCAAAUUUAAAUGACCUCUCCCUGAAUAUAGCUUCUGAAGAUUGGACUACUGUAUAUUCAGCACUGGAUGUGGAUGAGAAAGUAUCAGCUUAUAACUCCAUUAUAAUCAAGAUGCUUGACGAGUUCUUACCUGAAAAACCCAUCAGAGUACAUCACUCUGAUAAACCGUGGAUCACCGGUAAUAUUAAAAUGCAAAUCAAAGCUCGUCAGAAGGCCUUUUCUCGUGGUGAUCAGCCAAGAUACAAACAACUAUGCGAGAAAGUGGCAAAUCUUAUAGCUAAAGCUAAAGCCACCUACUAUCGGUCCAAGGCCUCAGAAUUUCGUACCUCGAAUCAAUCGAAGUGGUAUAACUGUAUCUACUCUUUAGUAAAUGCCGAAAACACAACCCACACCCAAUUUCCACACGGGCCCGAAAACCUAGACUUAUCCGACUUAGCUGAAAAACUUCAAAAAGCCUUCACUAAACCAUGGUCGGACCGUUACACGAAUGUCGCCUUUGAAAUACCUGAAGUGAACCACCCACAUAAGAAUAACAAACCACCCCUUCCUUCUAUUGGCCAAGUUAAAGCGGUCUUAAAACAUCUUAAUCCAAGAAAAGCAACUGGCAUCGAUAAGGUUCCUGCAUGGAUGCUCAAACAAUACCACGAAGACCUAGCUCCUGUGGUUUAUGACAUUGUGUGCUGUAGUAUAAGUCAAUGUUGUUAUCCAUCACUCUACAAACAUGCCCUAAUUUCCCCUGUUCCUAAAGUGCAACCACCGAGAGACAUUAACAAUGAUUUCCGCCAGAUAUCAGUCUUACCCCAUCUUGCCAAGAUCUUGGAAAAGAUCCAGCUCCAGUUAAAUAUUGAAGAUCUGAAAAUUAAGAAUAACCAGCACGCGUUUACUCAACAUCGAAGCACAGUCUCUGCGUUAAUAUCAACUACCCAAACCUGGUUUAAUGCCACUGAUUGUUCAAAAACAGGCAAAAUGGGGGUUCAUGCGGCCUUCAUUGACUUUCGUAAGGCCUUCGACCUUGUGGAUCACAAUAUUCUUUUGAACAAAUUAGCAGCUAUGAACAUAAAUAAACCCUUCUGGUUAUGGAUUAAAAGUUUCCUUUCCGGAAGAGUUCAACAAGUAAAUCUCAAUGGUACCUUAUCAUCCAUUGCAACAUGCCCGGCCGGAGUCCCGCAAGGCUCUGUAAUAUCUCCCAUUCUUUUUAAUACCUACAUUGAUGAUUUGGAGGACGCCUUACCAGAACAACUAAAAGUCAGUACGAAUAAGUAUGCAGAUGACUGCACACAACACCAAAUAGUGAGCGUAGAUUCUAAUAGUAAUUUACAACAAUCUAUCAAUGAAGUAAAUAACUGGGCGGUGUUAAAUAAAAUGGCAAUUAAUGCUAAAAAAACUAAGGACAUGUGGAUCUCUUUCACGGACGCUAUACCUGAACCACCACGUCUUCGUAUUGGAAAUGAGUUAAUAGAAAGGGUCAACGCUUUUAAAUUACUUGGCGUGUCGUUCCAAAAUAAUCUAAAAUGGAACGCACAUGUUGAAGAGAUUACACGUAAAGCAAAUAAACGCCUUUACCAUCUUAGAGAAUGCAGGAAAUCGCAGUUACCAGCUGAAGUCGGUAUUAUUACCUAUCAAUCCAAAAUAAGACCAAUUCUCGAGUAUGCAUCACCUGUCUGGGCGGGACUCCCUAAUUACCUGCGAGAUGAAAUAGAGCGGGUUCAAUCCAGGAGCUUAAGAAUCCUUGGCCUGGAAAAAGAUUACCUACCACCGUUGAACGAAAGAAGGGAAGAGGCAACUAGUCGAGAAGUUGAUAGGUUUAUGAACGAUCCACACCAUCCCUGUCGCAGUGUUUUGCCAAAAUUAAUUAACAAUCAGUACAAUUUAAGGAACAUUGACCGGAAUCGCAAUAUAUCAUUCUUCUCAGGAACUGAAAGGCAUAAACAUUCAUUUUCAGGUAGAGCUUGUAAAUAUGUAUAAAUAGUUUUAACUUAUUAGAAGAACUUAUUAGAUUAAAGAAUUUAUUAGUUUUAACUUCUUAGUUAGUUUUCUAAAUUAUCUUACAACAAUUUGUAAUAUAAAGACAUAUCCGCAGCAUAUAUACUUUCUUAAACAAGUAAUUGUAAGUCCAUUGUACUUUUUUAUCUUAAGAUGGAUGAAUAAAGCUAUUAUUAUUCUUCUUGACAGUGCGUGCGCGCUAUGUAUCUAUAAUUAGUAUUGUCUUACAUAUUAGUACAGUAUAAGGCCGAAUUUCGAUUGUUUAUAGAUUGAUGCCGCCCAAGGUUAAAUAACCAGUGGAAAGAGGAGAUAAUUUUAUACAAGAUAUGAAAGUUUUGAAAAAUCGUAUAGAAUAGCAGCGGAGAAAUUUACAGUUUAAAAUGCUAUUCUUGACAGUGCGUGCGUGCGCGCUAUGUAUGUAUAAUUAGUGUUGUCUUACAUAUUAGUACAGUAUAAGGCCGAAUUUCGAUUGUUUAUAGAUUGAUGCCGCCCAAGUUUCAAUAACCAGUGGAAAGAGGAGAUAAUUCUGUACGAGAUAUGAAAGUUUUAAAAAAUCAUAUAGAAUAGCAGCGGAGAAAUUUAUAGUUUAAAUUUCUUAGCAAAUUGUAUUGAAUAUUUGUUGACAGUGUGGAUAGCUGUUAGGAAAGUAUCGUUUUGGAGUGCUUUGAAAUGCGUUUGUAGGUUUGUGUGCGGAUAACCAUAAAGGUAGUAGUUAGCUAAUGUGACCUGCAUGGUUUAUUUCUCCCAAAUUGAUUUGGGAGAGAAGAAAUGGCUGUAUUUAUCAUUUGGACUUUUGAGUGAUUGAAAUUAGUUAAUUUACACAAUAUCGAAUAUCAUGUUGAAUGUCAUGUUGAAUCUCAUGCGUACUUCACAGUGGUGUGUAUUUUUAUAAUACAAUAUAAUGGGGAAUACAAACUUCAUUUGUGAAGCCUGCACGUCGUAAUGUCGUAUUGAUAUAAAGUAAGAAUGUAAUAUUUACUGCCAGUUCAUCUUCUUUGUGCAUUUGAAACGAGCACUUAUAUGGAGUUUAAUUUUAAAAAUGAUAUAUUGUAACAAUUCACACUGUUUUAUAGGUAGAUAUUUGGCCGCAUAGACGAUAUGCAUAGCGUACUGAAUUACAUUCAGAGUGCCAGGCGUAGUGAUCUGUAGUUGAUACCACUCCAUUAUAUAAAGUUUAACACAUUACUAACAAACGUAGUGAAUUUUUAACGAAUGCUAGCCGUAGCGUUUUUAAUAUAAGUGUAUAAAACGCCGUGUUCAACAGUAUAAUAGUGGCGCAAUUGUUGAUUAUGUGAGGUUGGAUUAUGUGUUGAUCAAGUGAAAGAUCAUAUUACAGACGCGUAUGGUAUACAUGAUAUUUUCCUCUUUCGUGACUUGACUAUAUUUAGCUACAUUAUAUUUUCAGUUAAGUUGAAAAAUAUAUAGUGAAAUAUGAUAAAAAAAUGCAUGGAUUUCAAAAAGUUGCAAAUUUUUUUUCUAAAAAAAUUAUCAAAAAUUUUCCGCUAAUCACGCAAUUUUUGGAUGUUCCCUUUGGAGUAUUUCGCCGUGAAAUCGCAGGAAAUGGCCAUUCCAGACUUCUAAAAUUCAAAAUUUCCCGGGGGAGCAUACCCCAGGACCCCCCUAGAAUUGAUAGGUCUUAGAGCAGGACUAGUCAAAUUUCGCUAGCUACGCCACUGCCAGGAAGGAAUGACAGAAUACCAUUGGGCAGGAUGAAAUUGUCAUGUUGAAUUGACCAUUUGCGUAAUAGACUAAAUUUUGAUCUAAACAAGUCUAGACAAAAAUUUCAUCACAACUUGAAAGAGCAUCAUGAUCACAAAAUUAGUUAUAUUCCAAAGUUUCGUUGCGAAAUGUUGUAAAAUGCGGAUAAUAUAGCCUUUCGAAAUUUGCAAUUUUCAGUCAUUUUAGAUUACAAACGGGAAAUUGACAGCCCCAAAGGGUUUGGGGCUGUCAAUUUCUAAAAUGACUGAAAAUUGCAAACUUCACAAGGCUAUAUGAUCCGCAUUUUACAACAUUUCGCAACGAAACUUUGGAAUAUUACCAAUUUUGUGAUGCUCUUUCAAGCUGUGAUAAAAUUUUUGUCUAGAUCAAAAUUUAGUCUAUUACGCAAAUGGUCAAUUCAUAUACAAGCAACACGUACAGUAGACUGAAAAGGUUUGCUGAUAGCAAUGAAAACAGUACUUAAACUGUAUAGGAGAGUACACACGUGUUAUCGAAGCGUGUAAUUGUCCAAUUUGGAAAAACAUAUACACUCGUCAGGUUUUCAUUCAAGGACGUUAAAAAUUGCACUUGUUCUUCGGAUUCGUGCUAUUUUUAUCAUCUUUGAAACACUCACUCAUGCAGUUGUUUUCCAAAAUGCACUGAAAACAUACUAAAUACAGGCGAAGUUUUAUGGACCUUCUUUAAGAAAAACGAUGAACUUUGCUACAAAGCAAAGGAGAUUCUAAAUAAACUAUUUUAUUUCGUGAUUAACAUGACGAGUCGCAUAAUUAACAGUUAUUCUGCGAACUUGAGUAGUAUAUGAGCUGAUAGCUGACGAGGUGCGUAAUUUUCAGUUCUGUUUUUAUCCAUUUUAAUGCUAUUAAAUGCGAAUAACUUGCUGUUUUCUCGUUCAGAAAACUCCGGUUAUUUUCGAGUCGCCAUCCUGUUUUUUCUACUAGCAGGAUAUGAGCUAAUAUCUUGCUAGUAGAGAGCCAAUCAAGUUGCAGAAUAGCUUAUACCCGGUAGUUGUCUAUAUACUAAUUACGGUUUCAAACUAAUUUAUUUUGUUUAUUAUGCGACAUCCAAAAGCCACGUACUGUACUUGUGUCAUACACACGUACUGUAUUGUAAUAUAUCUCAUGAUUCAUUUUUUAGAGCCCAGUUCAUAUUUAGCAAAAGCGAUAUGUUUACGUGGGACAAUGCACUCAAUAAUGUUCACGCAUACUGAAGCACUCCAAGACUUUGACCGAGUGAUUAAUUUAGAAGAUGCUCCUGUUAAGGUAAAGAUAGGAUUUAGAUAGCUUAAGAUCUACGACGUCGACGUCAGCUAGGACGUAAGGGCUGAGCAGAGGACUGGGACUGGGGCGUAGUCCUAAAUAGAUAGCUUAAGUGCUUAACAUCUACCACGUCAAAUAUCUAGGACGGCAAGCGGAAGUAAUUUGGCAAAUAUUUGAAGUGCGUAUGCGUCUCUCUCAAUUGCUCCGUCGUCCACCAAGCGUCGACAACUUCAUAACAAGAGUUUUGCCGUCUUGGUUACAAGAGCAUAACAAACGGUAAUGAAUUCGCGCGUCUAUUUAAAAUUUAUUUUCAAAAGGAUGUAAAUAUUUACAGGUUUAAAGGUCGAUGUCGUGAAUCUUAACUAGAUUAUUUGUUUAGGACGACGUCCUAGUCCCAGUCCUCUACUCAGCCCUGACGUCCUAGCUGAAGUCGACGUCGUAGAUCAUAAGCUUCAUAGGAAACGUUCAUUGUUGACCUGGAACAAAGCGUACCUCCCGCUAUGUAUAGUACAAUUCCUCGAAUAUUCGAAAAAAUUGCACAAAAUGAAUCUUUGUAUGAAAAAAUAUCUCACUUGAGGUAGCUCGAUACAGUUCUUAUAAAAUUCAGGGGUACAACAGUUUGAAAAUUUUAAGUCGAAAGUUUUGUUACAUUUUAUGCAUCCUUUUACUUUGAAACAGACUAACAAUAAGUAAAAUAUAAAAAAUUUACUCUACCAAUUUUAAAAAAGGAAAAUGUGUUCCCUUCUUCGAUAUUUUUUAUUACGGAUUUUUUUAUUUUUUUACAUAAGGAAAGAGUGGGGUUAUACAGUAUGAUUGAUAGGUGCUUUAGAUAUUGAUGCAUUCCUUGAUUUUCUGUCGAAUGUUGAAAUGUUUCCAUUCCUACAUUUUAUGUUAUUUAGAUUAAAGUUAACGCGUUAAUCAAAAGAGCGAGCAUCAAGGUGCAAAUGACUCAGAACACUCAAGAGGCGUACGAAGACUUCAAUGAAGCAAUUAAAUUGGACCCGGACAAUGCAGAUAUCUUUCACCAUAGAGGCCAGGUAUGUACAAAAUCUAACUAUAUGUUUACGUAUUUAACGACUAUAUUUAACUAAAGCGUUCUGAGUAUUUUCUAGUGAGCUCACAACUCAAUUAAAUCGAUUGAAGAAAUCGACACGCGCUA